AUUUGGAAUUGUUUAUCCAACGAGCACCGCACGGAAAGAAAUCUCAGUUAUUGCAACUAAAUCUCUGGGAAAGGAAAAGAUAUGUCUGUUACUGCAAUUGAACACGCUUGUUUGAGUAUUCAGCUGCAUUAAAACUCGAUUGAAACAACCGAGUAUGAUUGACUGAAUAGAAAUCUUUUACAGAAGUCUUCCUGUUUUUACAAUCAAGUUUUCGUCUGGCAACGCAGGCAACGGAAACUUCAGUUACAUUAACGGAGUUGUUUUUCCCGCGCGUGUAUCCUUUUUUUUUGGUUUUAUUUAAUUCUUCAUAUUAUCUAUUUUAUAUCUAUAAUUGCACGUUUUAAACAUGCGUUUUAAGGUAUGCGGUUUGCUCUCCAUUGACGAUAUGGACGUCUUCAUCGAUUCCCUCUCGCCAUUGGUGGUCGAUAUGGGCUGCGGAGCCAAGUUCUUCACUUGCAUAUCGAAGGCGACGGAGAUCAGGGCGCUUUUCGAGCAAAUACAAGACGAUUGGCAGGCGCUAUCGACGCCUACAAGCGUUGAGAUUCUUAACAAAUACGCACGAAAUGGACGCAAGUUUACAGUUAUCUACGCGGGCUCCUUUUAUUCCGCGCUGGUGUUAUUCAUGUUGGUGCCGUUGCAACCGUUAUUACUCGGCUCCUCGAACGAUACGGCUCGACCGUUAUUACACGAAGUCGAGUAUUACAUCGACAUGGACAAAUAUUACUUCCCGAUUUUAAUUCACGGAUAUAUCACAGCUGUGAUCUGUGUGACGAUAGCUAUUGCGACAGACACGAUGUACGUGAUUAUGGUGCAGCACGUUUGCGGACUGUUUGCGAUCAUCGGGCAACAAGUGGAGAACAUAAUAAAGGAAGAGAAGCUAACGGUGGAUAUCAAUCCACCUGUUGAGAACGAUGAACCGUAUAGAAACAUAAUAAAGAGCAUUUACACACAUAAGAAAGCUCUAAGGUUCGCCAAUCUCGUGGAAGCCGUGUUCAGCCCGAUGUUUCUCUUCGUAGCAGGUUUCAAUAUGCUUAUCGUAAGCAUGACGGGCGUCACGGCAAUGACAAACAUAGACAAGCCGUCGGAAUUUCUAAGACAAAUAACAUUCGCAUGUGCCUUGUUAGUGCACCUGUUUUUCGAGAGUUUUCAAGCACAGCGACUGAUCGACCACAGCGUACAUAUUCACACCAGCUUGAUAAACACGGCGUGGUAUCACGUCUCGUUCAGAACGAGAAAGAUCUUAAUCUUCAUGCUGAUGAGAACGCAAGAACCUUGUGUGUUAACGGCGGGAAAAAUGUUCGUUAUAUCCAUGGAUACCUUUUCCACGAUCGUUCGCGCAUCCAUGUCCUAUUUCACGAUGCUGCGGUCGAUGCGAUGAUUAAAUCGCUUCCGUACCUCAUAAAUUGAUCUCGCUGUACUGUGGAUCCUCUGGAAAACGAGGACGAGUACGCAAUCUUGUUGUUCACGACCGG